UUGAGGUAGAAGUAUGCAAGCUUUUUUGAAAACAGGUAAAUUAGGAGGCCCUUCAGAAAUUAAGAAGCCCUCUACUUCACGUACGAAAGAAGAACGUAACAAACCUUCACCACCAUGGGUUGAGAAAUAUCGUCCAAAAACUGUGGAAGACGUUGUUGAACAAGCAGAAGUAGUAGAAGUAUUACGACAAUGUUUAAAAGGUGGAGAUUUUCCAAAUCUAUUAUUUUACGGCCCACCUGGUACCGGUAAAACGAGUACCAUAUUAGCCGCAGCUAGACAAUUAUUCGGUAGCCUCUAUAAAGAAAGAAUAUUGGAAUUGAACGCUUCUGAUGAAAGAGGUAUCCAAGUUGUGAGGGAUAAGAUUAAAUCCUUUGCACAACUUACAGCAGGUGGUAUGAGAAAUGAUGGAAAAAGUUGUCCUCCAUUUAAAAUAAUUAUCUUGGAUGAAGCAGAUAGUAUGACUAAUGCAGCACAAUCUGCACUUCGUCGUACUAUGGAGAAACAAUCUCACAGUACAAGGUUUUGUUUAAUUUGCAAUUAUGUAUCAAGGAUUAUAGAACCCUUGACUUCUCGUUGCACAAAAUUUAGAUUCAAGCCAUUAGGAGAGGAAAAAAUUAUUGAAAGAUUAGAGUACAUAUGCAAUCAAGAGGACUUGAAGGCAAACAAGCCUGUUCUACUAAAAAUUGUCGAAGCUUCGGGUGGCGACUUACGACGCGCCAUCACGUGUUUGCAAUCUAUUACAACAUUGAAAGGCAAAGACAUUGAAAUCACCACUGAUGAUGUUCUUGAAAUCAUUGGAAUUGUUCCUGAUAAAUGGAUAGAUGAAUUAAUGGAAGUAUGCAAGGCAAAAGAUUACAGUAAGGCAGAGGCGUUUGUUGAUCAAUUCAUGUUAGAAGCAUAUGCUUCAUCUCAAGUCAUUGAGCAGCUCAGUGAACGAAUUAUAUAUUCCAACGAAUUAACAGAUAAACAAAAAGCUUUAAUUGCAGAGAAGCUCGGGGAAUGCAAUUACAGACUGUUAGAUGGUGGAAGUGAAUACAUGCAGCUUAUGAGUCUUUGUUGUGGUCUUAUAAAAGCUUAUGAAUUAAUAUAA